GAGAGGUAACGUGGAUGUCUGCAGUUCACAGGCAGAUUCGUGCCGAGGAUCAUCUCCAGCCAUCCCUUCGGUGCUGACCAAAGGAAGCUGCCACGAUGCCACGAAAAGUCGUCUUGUCCAAGGGUUUCGCCGUUGCCUUUGCGGUCCUGACGGUCUCUGCCAUCGCCGGCAUGAUCACCAUGCUAACCGUGUACAAGAUCGAGAUCGGUAAUAUGAAUGUGACGCGUCCUCCAACCGUCCCGUCCACCACUAUGGCUCCACCGCCGGUUAUGAGGCUGCCGAGGAACCUGAUACCAGAAAGCUACAAAAUCUUCAUCCAGCCUCACAUCUACACCAGAAUCGUGGAGGUGGUGAACGUCACAACCCCCAACCAAACGCUGCUUUUCACCGGAAACUCCACCGUCAACUUGUACUGUGUCCAAGGAACAAGGCGCAUCUACCUCCACAGCCGGGACCUGGUUGUCUCAAGCCCGAUUGUGACCAACAGAAACACGGGCGAGACCAUUGGCAUUGCCACCUUUACGCCCUUCGCAGAUGAAAAAGACUUCUUGGAGAUUGAGUUGGAAGAAAAUUUACGAGCAGGAGGGAACUACAGCUUGUUUCUGGCUUUCCAGGGAGACAUAUCAGAAAAUCUUGAAACACUUUAUUUAAGCAAAUACACUGAAGUUGACCGCGAUUCAGAAAACGAAACGAUCGCCGAGAGAUUCCUUGUAGCCACAAAUUUGGAGCCGACAAACGCGAGAAGUCUGUUUCCUUGUUUCGAUGAGCCGGACAUGAAGGCGGUUUUCACUUUGACAGUCAUCCACAGGCCUGAAACGACGGCUCUGUCAAACUCAGAGGCGGAAAAGAAAAAUCAGUUUAUAGAUGAUGAAUGGGUAUACACUCAAUUUCGCUCCUCGCCGAAGAUGUCGAGCUACUUGUUGGCUUUCACGGUUUCAGAGUUCAAAACCUUAUCGCCAAGUAGAGAUUACAUAAAAGUUUAUGCCCGUCCUGAAGCCGUCGAAGCAGGCCAUGCUAAAUAUGCUACAGAAAUUACCCCAAAGAUCCUGACCUUCUACGAAAAUCUCUUUGAUCUUGAAUUACGUCCAAAGAAACUCCAUCAAAUUGCUCUCCCAGACCUGGAACCUUUGGCUAUGGAGAACUGGGGCCUGAUCACGUACCAGGAAGGAGUUUUGCUCUAUGAGGAAGGAGUGUCGUCGUUAUUACACAAGGAAGAGAUCAUUUUUACCAUUGCACACGAGCUGGCUCACCAGUGGUUUGGAAAUAUGGUGACGAUGAAAUGGUGGAACGACCUUUGGCUGAAGGAGGGCUUUUCCUCCUACAUGUCAUACCUGGCAGUGGAUCACGCUGAGCCCACGUUCCAGAUAAAAGACACGUUAAUUAUGAACGACCUCCACACGGCUUUCGAGGAGGAUGCUCUGACCUCAUCUCAUCCUCUCAGCGCUCCGAUGGAUCAAGUUCAGACACAGUCGCAGAUCUACGAGAUGUUUGAUGCUAUAACUUACUGCAAGGGGGCCAUCGUCCUGAGAAUGCUGGUCGACUUUGUGGGAGAACAAGUUUUCACCAAAGGGAUCAGACAAUACCUCAAUGAGUUCAAUGGACAAAAUGCAGAACCGAGCGACUUCUGGAAAUACAUAAACUUUGUGCGACAGGAAAAAGGGGAAGUGACCAUUGAUAGGUUCAUGAUAGACUGGACCACACAAACUGGCUAUCCUGUCAUCACCAUCAACACCACCAGUGGAGAAAUCUACCAGAAGCGCUUCCUGUACAACAGCUCUGCCCAGUCAGAUGGUUCAUGGCUCAUCCACAUCCACUACAUGUCAAGCAUCGCUCCUCCUGAGUCUCUUUGGCUGGAUGUCAGCGGUCCAGUGAGGCUAGAGCCGUUCAUUUCUAAGAAAGGGGAGUGGAUCCUGGUCAAUGUCAACUGCACUGGAUACUACCGGGUCAAUUACAACCCAGAGAACUGGCAUCGUCUCCUGACUCAGCUGGAAACAGACCCAGAUCGUAUCCCACUGAUGAACAGAGGGCAGCUCAUUGACGACGCUUUUAACUUGGCGAGAGCCAAGCAGGUCAGCGUGACUCUGGCUCUGAACUCGACACGCUUUCUCCAUAACGAGAUUGCGUACCUUCCCUGGGAAUCAGCCAUCAGGAAUCUGGAGUACUUCAUCCUCAUGUUUGACCGCUCCGAGGUGUAUGGACCCAUGCAGGUUUACCUGCGGGAACAAGUCAGAGGACUUUAUAACUUCUUCAGGAACUACACAGACAAUUCAACGGUCCCAGAGAAUCACUCCUUACAGCACAACCAGAUCUUAGCCAUAAGUGUGGCCUGUGCCCAUGGACUCCCAGAAUGCAUUGCGAUGGCGACAGAACAGUUUGCUGGCUGGAUGAAAAGCAACAGCACGGAGACAAACAACAUCCACACCAAUCUGCGGUCUGUGAUUUACUGCCAAGCUGUGGCCGCCGGAGACAAGAAAGAGUGGGAAUUUGCCUGGGAGAAAUUCUUGAACUCCAGCAACACCUCAGAGAAAGAGCAGCUCCGAAAAGCUCUGGCCUGCUCGAAGAAGACCUGGCUGCUCAACAGAUACCUGGAAUACACUUUGGACCCGAAGAAGAUACGACUGAUGGAUGUUGCUUCUACCAUUAACUACAUAGCUCAAAACGCUGCUGGACAAGCUCUGGCCUGGAACUUUAUCAGAGCAAACUGGAAAUACGUCAGUCAGGGUGGUCCAGCCGGCCUUUUAGAGGGAGUAACCAGCAGGUUUUCCACACCGUUUGAACUCGCUGAGCUGACGCACUUCAUCAACUCGGAGAUAGACGGUGCCUUAAUGACCGGGCAGCGGGCCAUAGAGCAAACCCAGGUCAACAUCCAGUGGGUCAGCGAGAACAAAGCCAUCAUCCUGGAGUGGUUCGAGAGAGAGACUGCUCACUUGGAGUAACAGAAGCAGCGUUUAUCGCUUCAUCCAUCCGUGGUUCUGACGGUUCGGCUCAUCAGACGACUGUAAACCAGAACUUAAAGGUUUGCAUGGGGUUCAACAUGGCAACCCGAAUGAACCAUGAAGUGCUGCAGACUGUAAGGCGUGCGGCGUUGUUUAUGUAAAUAUUAUUAUGCAUUAUUUAU